AUGUUUGAAAAAUUUAAAUAUAAAAUAAUUGAAAACCCAUGUCCAUCCAAAGCCUUAUGGUGGCGAGCAUUUGGUUUUCCAGCACGAUUGAAUGAAGAUAAUCAAUGGGAGAGAAUUGAAGGAUUUAUUAGUUGUACCAAAUGCAUGAAAACACACAUUUAUAAUAAAUUAAGUGGCACAAAACAUUUUAAAGAACAUGCCGAUAAAUGUUUCCCAUUGUCUGAAACUUCAGAAGCUGCAUCAUCAUCAUCAUCAUCAUCAACACAAGUAACCUUGAAUCAAAUUGGAUUUACUAAAUCUAGAAAAUUUAAUGAAAAAGAUAUUAAAAAAAUAAAAGAUUUAUCGGUGGAAUGGGUUUGUGGGGGGAUUAGACCCUUCAGUAUAUUGGAUGAUUCAGGUUUUAGACGUUUAGCACAAGAGUGUGUUCGUUUGGGUGCUAAUUGUGGUGCAUUUGAUGUUUAUGAACUAUUACGUGGAGAAAAAACAAUAUCAAGACAUGUUACUUCAUUUGCUGCUAUUUGUCGUGAACAAAUAAAAGAACUUUUAUCAAAUCCUUUAAAAGAACAUUCAAUAACAAUCUGUCCAGAUUAUUGGAUAGAUCCAUACAAAAAAAUAUCUUAUUUAGGUGUUAGUGUAAUUAUCGUUGAUGACGAAUAUUGUUAUACAUUAAUUGAUUUAUGUUGUAAACCAUCUGAAUAUGAAAGAAAAACAGCUGAAUAUACUUUAAAAGUAGGGAUCAAUAUUUGUAUUAAAGAAGAAGCUGGCGUUACUUUACAUCAAUCGUGUAUCGUUAGGUGGUUAUCGAUGAUAAAUUUGUUGGAAAGUGUUCUACAAACAUUCAAAACAACAAAAAGAUUAUUAUUAGCUAGAAACAAGCAAUCAUUAAUUCAUGAUUUGGAUGUAUUAACAAUAAAACAACUUGUACUUGUUUUGAAGCCAGUAAAACAUGUUGUGACAGUUGUUCAAACAGGCAAUUCACCAUCUUUGCACUUGGUUUUAUUAUGUAAUUUAACGCUGAAGCGUGCUUUAUCGUCUUAUGAAUCAUUACUUGAUUAUGUAAAUACUUACUGCAAUCAAAAUGAUAAACCAUCAAAUAAAUGGGAACAUGAAGAAAAUGAAAAUUAUGAAUCAGAAGGGAUCAAAUGGUUUCGUGAACGAUUAUUACUUUUAAUCGACGAGCUAUUCAAUCUUGAUGUUCGUCAUUACUGUGCAACUAUGUUACACCCGAAAUAUAAAUUAUUAAAAAGUUGUACAAUAGAAGAACGUUCUCAAUGUCAUCAAUAUAUUCGUAGGCAACUAAAUAUUUUACAUGAUACAAAUUUACGACACAAAUCACAUGAACCAUCACCUGAACCACAACAAAAAAAAAUUAAAAUCAGCUGA